AAUUUUCCAAAACGUUUGCACGUAUAAAAUUAUAUAAAAUUUUGCUUAGAAAAAGGUUUUAAAUUUAUUAUUUUUGCCAAAUCUUUGUGUUGAAGAAAGGUGUUUGUAUUUACUACAUACAGAAAUAUUUAUAAUGCCAUUGGUGGCCAGACCAGCCGACCAGGUUAGUUUCAAAACUUUAACAAAUUUUAACUUUUGGACUUCACGUGUUUGUCAAUAUUUGUGUGUUUUGAGUUGUCAGUGUCUUCACAUUUGGAAAUGCCCAUCUUAAGUUUUAGAACUACCCAUUUUACAAUUUAGAACUAUCCAUUCAGGAAAAUGAGAUGCCUUAGGGUGGCCCCUGGCCCUACCCAGUGGCGUAGCCAGCCCAAUGCAAAUAUGCAAAUUCAAAAUUAUUAUCAUGCAUUGAUUUCUUUAGAAAUUGAUUGUUUUCACAGUCAAUGAACACAAAAAUAUUUGCAUAGCGGGACUAAAUCGUCGGGCUGGCUACGCUACUGCUUCUGCCACAUGCACAGAAUACAGUCCACACAGAACCUGACUUUUUGUCUUCGCGGUUAUGACCCCGGUGUAACCGUUACAUUGCUGUCGCCAUGUUUCUAACCAGUGUGCUAAUGAGUAGACUUGCUCCAAGUCUCCCUUUCAUUGUCAUUUAGUAUCGUUCCACUAUAGUGUACAUUACAUGACGUAGUACCGAGGGGCGAGAAAGAGAGACUUGCAUGUCAACUUCGGAAAAUCUCGGUUCAAAACUGCAUGAACCAAAAUGCAAGACUUGCUUUAAUUGUUUUCUGUCAGUAUUUAUAUAUAUUGAUCUAGCACAGUGUAAAUGACAUGAGUUCCAUUAGUAAAUAAUACAGAAAAAAAUGGAAGGAAAACAAUUAAAGCAAAUCUUGCAUUUUUUGUUCAGUUUUGAACCGAGAUUCUCUUUCUCGUCCUGCCUCUCUGUGCUACGUCAUGUAAUGUACACUAUAGUUGAUCGAUAUGACAAUGAAAGAUAGACUUGGAGCAAGUCUAGCUAAUGAGAGGCAUUUACCCCCUGAAAAUAUUCAAAAUGGUGGCAUUCAGGGGGGGGGGGUGAAUGCUCCCAUAAUCUCUUCCAUCCAUCUUUCCAAUCUGGUGAUCAAUGUUUUUAUACUGUCAUAUUUUCUGGUUUGGGUUUAUAGGGUUACCUGGAACCAAUGCAGGUGGAUUUGGUGUCUGAAAGUCAAGCAAACGUCGACAGUGAAUUCAAUGUUGAAUCUACCACUUUGGUAAGAUUAUAAUAUAAGCAGGUCACUACUGUCACAAUCAACUUUACAGCAAGAAUUUACAUCAUUUGUGAUUUCUGUUCUCGGACAUCAUAUCACAUACUUGUAACUCUGUAAACUACCCAGCUAUAGAUGACAGUUUGAAGAUUGUGUAGUUCACAGAGAAUAAUUAUGCCCUAAUAUUACAUACUUGUGUCUAUUUCAGGAGCUUGAUUAUUUUUCGUUGAACUACGCUGGAUUGUCGAAGUUAAGAAGACUACUUUUCAUAGCAAAACAUUGCCCAUGUUUGGAGCUUGAUGCUUUAAAGUAGGUCUCAGAUAUACAGUACAGUAGCUGUACGUGUUACACUAAUGCUCAGAACACCAAUGCGUCUCAAUGGGUUAAGUGGCAAUGCACUCUGUCUAAUGCCAGAUGAUUUUACUCAUCAAGGAGAGGGUGCUACCACACAAUGGGUUAAUGUGAUGUAUGUCUUUUUUUAUAGGCUGGCUCAUGACAAUGUGAAACAAACAUUCAAUACCAAAUUAUAUGCCCAGAUUGCUAUUAAACUUGGUGAAGCCAGGUAAGUUUCAAUCUUAAGUGUUUAACUUUUUACAUCCUAAGGACUACAGUAUCUUAAAAUGUUUCUCAGCUUCAUUACGAAGUCACCCAACAAAUAGCCUUGUUCAGACUCAAAGCUUGACAGCUACUUAACACAAUUUUAUUGCCAUUGAUCUGGUGCCAUUCUUUUAUCUUUCUUCUUGUAGUUCAAGAGCUGGUGAAGCCGAGAACAGCCAAAUGGACGUGAAUUGGAUUGAAGCUACUAAUAAAAAAGCUGCCGUCAAGGUAUUCUGCUGUUCUGUGGUAAUCUGUUACACCCCCUGCCGCUUGCCACGGCUGUAUAUUUGACUGUGUACCAUAACAUUUAUUUUAUUGUAGCUAGAACAUUUGGAUACAGACUUGAAGACUCACAAAGCAAACACGAUUAAAGAAAGUAUAAGGUGAUUAAAAUUUUUUAGUACUACAGUAUUUUUUCUGGUUCAGUAAUUUGUUGAUCAUCGAUCCUUAAUGGUUAUGUUGAAUAUGUUUUAUCCUCAUCUGAAUUUUGUUACUAUUUAAAUGUUUUCUUUCAUAAUAAUUGGGAUUUUUCUCUAUAUAGACGUGGCCAUGAUGAUUUGGGUGACCAUCAUUUGGACUGUGGUGAUUUAAAGUAAGGGGAUAGAUAAAGAGAAUGGUUUAAUUCUAAGUAGCAGAUCAUAAACUUUCUAAUUGUUUUUUUCAGCAAUGCGCUCAAGUGUUAUUCAAGAUCGCGAGAUUAUUGUUCUGUUCCUAAACACAUCAUCAACAUGUGCCUGAAUGUCAUCAAGGUUUGUCAAUCAAGUUUUCUGUGACGACAUUCUUUGGUAGAGUCUGUACUGGAAACACGUUCCUUGAGCUAAAUUUCGUGAGAAAUGAACGUCUCAUAAAUAUAUUAGCAAGCCUAGAAAAUAUAUUUCCCUUCGUAGCUGGCAGCAAAAUCAGAAAAAAAAUUCCUGUGUAAGUUACAGAUUUCAUAGAACGUAUGGCGCCGUACAUUGUGAUAAACCUCAAGCUCGGAACAAGAGAAUCUCGACUUGCAAAACACCUUUAAAAUUUUUACUCUGUAAAUUUUAUGGCAUUCCAGUGUAUAGAAGAUGCCGAAAAUUUCCUGCAAAGUGCGAGAAAAUUUCCUUUGACGAUGUUAAUUAGUGUCUGGUAAUUAAUCUCGACUAUUUUCCCAGGUCAGUGCACUUUUGAAGAACUGGGCACAUGUCUUGAAUUUUGUCAACAAAGCUGAAAGUUCCAUUGAACUCAUGGGUGAGGUAAGAACGACCAAACCAAUUGGGAGUCGAGAAACAUCUCAUGUUGCAGUCCUACUAACUACUUCCUGGAGCGCACAUGAGAGUGCCCUGGGAUAUACAAGAUAGUACAUAUAAAUCAGUGUACUGUACGAUCCUUUCUGAGUUUAUACUGUGUGAGGCAUUAUAUUAAUGAAAAAUAAUAUUAGCAACAAGCAGUGAAGCACGAUAAGCUUGUCAUCAAGAUUUAUACCGAGAUUUGCAUGUAAAAAUCAAAGGGUCCCAGUAGAUCUCACUCUCUAGGUCGUGUUUCGUAUUUUCAAGCCAUGAAAGUUGAGAAAAUUUUAAAUGCAAACUCCUGCUUCCCAACACUCAGACAGCUUUUGUUCAUCUUUGACUGGGCCACGAGAUUUAAGGAAGCUACAUGUAUCAUCAUAUAAACUUGAAAGUUAAGAAAAAACGAUCUCAUGCACUUCGUAUUUGAUCAUGCAUGAUUAGCCUACGGUACGUAGACCCCAGCAGAAACUAUCAGCUUCCUUGAUCAUGAUUUGAUCCAUGAUUAAGUUGUUUCUAUACAUUUAUUUUCGUUUUAGCAACGUGAAAAACCUGCUAAUCUUGUCAUAGCUACCAAGUUAAAAUGUGCAGCAGGUACAGUAGGACAUAUUAUUCCCGCUAGUCGUGCUGGUCAAGAUCACAUGUGAUCUUUACACCAGUUGUUGAAGGAUUUUCUUUCAUGUUAGCCCUCCAUUUUGUCGCCCAGGUCUGGCAGAGUUAGCAUUAAAGAAGUACAAGUCAGCAGCCAAACAUUUCUUACUGGCUCAAUUUGAUCAUUUUGAGUACAAAGAGGUAAAGAAUACGUAAAGACACAUCUUGAAUAAGACGAAGAGUCUUAAAGUUUGUGAAAAAUGCAACUACAGUAUUGGCCUUCUGGCAGGAAUCGAAGGCCCCGUGAUUCUGAUGCAGCGCUUCGACAAUUGACCAUUUGCGUAAUAGACUAAAUUUUGAUCUCAACAAAAAUUUCAUUACAGCUUGAAAGAACAUCACAAAAUUAGUAAUAUUCCAAAGGUUCGUUGCAAAAUGUUGUAAAAUGCGGAAAAUAUAGCCUUGCGAAAUUUGCAAUUUUCAGUCAUUUUAGAUUACAAACCGGAAAUUGACAGCCUCGAAGGGUUUGGGGCUGUCAAUUCCCCGUUUGUAAUCUAAAAUGACUGAAAAUUACAAAUUUCGCAAGGCUAUAUUUUCCGAAUUGUACAACAUUUUGCAAUGAAACUUUGGAAUAUUACUAAUUUUGUGAUGCUCCUUCAAGCUGUGAUGAAAUAUUUGUCUAGACUUGUUUAGUUCAAAAUUUAGUCUAUUACGCAAAUGGUGAAUUGGUUAUAUCGAGUUUAGGGUUGGGCCUAGACUUGCCCAAGUCGCUCGCUAGGGACCGCGCGUAGCAAGAAGGGAGCGCUUGAGAAAGACGGAAGCGAGCGACUUGUGUCACUUGCCUGAUUUUGAAUCUUACUGAAACAUUUGGCGCGAAAAUCAAUUAUGACAUAGUGGGCGUUCACCAUGUCGAUUUCACUAGUUCAUUGUUUUGGCGUCGUUAGUACAGAAUAAUAAUGAGCAUUCACUGACUUCACCGGAGCAAAAAUGCAAUGGUGAAUUUGGCGCGCUUGCGGGUGACAAAAGUCCGUCGCUUCCACGAACCGCGGACUUUGGAAAGUCUACACCAUCUGAAAAAACCCGAAAAAACCGAUGAUUUUUAAUGAAACUUUCCUUAUGAAAAUUUGAAAGAAAUUUCAUAAAAUAGUGGAAACGCUGGGUAAAAAAUAUGGCGGCCAUUUCGGUUGCGAAUUUUAAUACGGUCGAAUAUUUCUAAUUUUCGCUUUUACGCGCAUCUGAAAUAAGCCAGGGUAAAGAAUAUGAAUACGAAUUGUUUGUAAGCCACCGCUAUACGCCAGAAAUCCGCCUUCUUUCCACGCGUGUCGGCGUGUGAUCCGCUUUAUACUCGAUGCUUCGCGCAAACAGCUUUGUCAAGAAAAAUCGAUUGAAUAACUCACAAACGUACGCUUCGCGCGCUGUUUCUGCAAGUUUCAAGUGUUUUUCCCGAUUUUUCCCCGGUUUUUUCGGUUUUUCGGUUUUUUGUCAAAAGAAAAAUCGAUUGAAUCGGUUUUUAAAAAAAAUCGUUUUUCGGUUUUAUCGAUAAACCGCCCGACCCUAAUCGAGUUCAGGCGCCUAAUAUCUUGAUAUUUACCCUACGCCUUACAUUGGCAUCACCUUACUUAUAGAGCUCGACAACUGACCUCUGUAGCUCAGUAGACAAUUCCCAUUAUAAAGUAAAUUUUAAAACUAGGCAAGGAGAUGCAAGAAAGAGCAUACUAAAAUGAGUAAAAUUGCAAAGUUUGGUUGCGAAAUGUUGUAAAGUGCGGAAAAUAUAGCCUUGCAAAGUUUGCAAAUUUUAUAUACUUUUGUAUAUUGCGUGCGGAAAUUGAUACCAUAGUUUCGGUCCAAAUGUGGUAGCGAUUUCCGCACGCAAUACAAUUAAAGUAUACAAAAUUUGCGAACUUUGCAAGGCUAUAUUUUGCGCAUUUUACAACAUUCCGCAACCAAACUUUGCAAUUUUACUCAUUUUAGUAUGGAAUAUACUUUUUUUGCCAAGAUAAAAAUUAGUCUAUAAUGGGAAUUGUCUGUUGGGUAGAGCGCUGCACCGGAAUCAUUAGGGCCACUAGUUCGGUUCCUAUAGUUCGAGGACCUACAGUUGCAUUUCUAAUAAAUGUAUAAAACUCACACUCGCAAUUCCCAUUCACAAAAAAAUCCAUCUUAAUCUUAAUUAACUCAAUUUAUCAUUUUCCAGCUGAUAUCUGCUCACGAUGUCGCAGUGUACGGGGGGUUGUGUGCCUUGGCCACAUUUGAUCGCCAGGAAUUACGAACCAAAGUUCUUUCCAACAGGUAAAUCAUAUAUUUCAUCAUGCAAUCCUUUUACAUAAAACAGGGUGUUAUAGCUACAGUCAAACAUUCCGCGUUAAACGCGGUUAUCCCAAUUACCUUGAGGUCGCAAUUUCCCAAUUUGGGUCAGCCAGAAAAUAGCUAUAGAAAUUCAAUGUUGUUAAUACGCCAUUAAAAACAUGUUUAUAACUACAAUUGCUCAAAAUUACUCCCAAAAUGCACGACAUGCCAUUUCAAAGACACAAAAAUUUUAAAAAUCGAGAGGGGGCAACUGCAUGCCCUCAGACCCACAAAGAAAUGCCCGGCUUCAGUCUAAAAUAAAUUUCCCAAUUUCAGGUAAACGCGGAUUUUUUUUUAUUUCUGGCUAACGUCCUGUAAAAUUAAAAUCAUAGUUCACAUACUAUAUUCACAUUACUUCUUUGCUAAGAACUUGGAUUAAGUAAAUUGAUCCAGUGUCACUACAGGAGGAAACCUAAACUAAACUAUAACUUUAUUUACUGUAUAUACUACAUAAAUUUAUCAAUUCCAAACUAUUUUCUCUAGAGGUGCAGUAAGGAUCAUCUGUUAUUGAUCUACAAUAGUGUUACUACAGGAGGAAACCUAAACUAAACUAACUUUAUUUCUACUGGGAAACCUGGUACUCAAACUUAAUUGUUAGCCCUCUUCUCACAUUCCCUAAGACAAAGUUUUUACUAGACAGUUAACUGUACCCGGUCGUACUGUACAGUAUAUACACAGUAGAGAUAACCCAUCGUGCCAGCGGUUCCCACACAUUUUAAACAUGAUUUUCACCCUUAACGUUUAGUUCCUUCAAAUUAUUUCUGGAACUGGACCCACAGAUUCGCGAUGUUCUGCACAAGUUUUAUGAAUCACAAUACGCCAGUUGUCUCAAGAUCUUAGAUGAUAUUAAGGUAUUAAGGUAUUGGAAUGGGUGAUUCCAGCUACAGUAUAUAGACUAAAUUUUGAUCAAGGAAAGAAGAACGAAAUCCAACACCACAGCUAGAAAGAGCGUCUUAGAAUGAGUAAAACUGCAAAGAUUGGUUGCUAAAUGUUGUAAAAUGAAUAUAGCCCUGUGAAGUUCGAAAAAUUUGUAUAUAUUUGUAUUACGCGCGGUAAAAAUAACCACUUUCGGCUCAAAAAUGGUUAUUUUUCCCGCGCGUAAUGCAAAUAUAUACAAAAUUUGCGAACUUCACAGGGCUAUAUUUUCCUCAUUUUAUAACAUUUCGCAACGAAACUUUGCAAUUUUACUCAUUUUAAGAUGCUCUUUCCAGCUGUGGUAAUGAAGUUCGUUCUUCUUCUCUAGAUCAAAAUUUCGUCUGUAGCUUUCAUCUUGAAACGUCGAGGUUCUGCUCAUUUUUUUCAGGUUGUUGUACAUAUCUUUCACACUACAGCUGUCUCUCUAAAAAGGCUUACUGUAGAUACACUAUACUGUAGAUUUCGUUUUAUUUUCUUUAGGAUAAUUUCCGUUUAGAUCUAUAUUUAUCGUCCCAUGUUAAUACCUUGUACAGUAAAAUACGGAAUCGAGCACUGAUUCAGGUAAAUAUGACUGUUAUUACAUUGAUACAAUACACUAUACUGUAAAGCGAUUCUAUUCCUUAAUUCGUCUUCGUAGAGGUGCAGUAAGAGUCAUCCCUUAUUGAUCCAGUGUUAGUACAGGAGGAAAUCUAAAUGUACUGUACUGUAACUAACUUUAUUGCUAUACUGGAUAGCUCUAUCAGUUCCAAACUGUUCUCUCUAGAGGUCCAGUAAGAAUCAUUCGCUAUAUUGAUCCAGUGUUACUACAUUACAAGAGGAAAUCCUGUGGUUUUUGGUGGGGUCAAACUAGAAGCAGUCUUCUCACAUGGGAUUAGGACGAAAUUAUAAUCAGACAAGUGCGUUUUACUGGAAUAAAAGCCCAGUCGUAACUGCAAGCAACACCUCAUAUUCCUUUUAGGGAUAACACGCUCUUUUUUAUCGAUUGAUAUCCUAAAGUAUUUCAGUCCAUAUGUUUCUGCGUAAAUUGUAUGAGAGUUUUCUCAACUCUCACGCCCCGGUCAAACGAGAACAAGAGUUGCAUGAAAGUUGAGAAGCGAGAAUUUGUAUGAGAGUUUUCUCAACUCUCAUGCCCUGGCCCAUUCAAACGAGAACAAGUGUUGCAUGAGAGUUGAUGAGAGUUGAGAAGCGAGAGUUUGCAUGAGAGUUUUCUCAAUUUAAUAGUACAGGUAAAUAAUAAAUUCACAGUAAAUUUUAAUGCAUUUACGUGGUGUUUCCACAAACAAAAGUAUUAUAAGCUAACUUUAUUUAUUGGACAACUUUAUCAGUUCCAAACUGUUUAUUCUCGAGGUCCAGUAACAGGCUUUAUCUUUAUUAAGUGUAUUCUGUACCCUUUAGUAUUUCAGUCCAUAUGUUUCUGCUGACAUGGGAAAAAUGGCACAAAGUUUUAAUACAACAGUCCCUGCUUUGGAAGACGAACUUACGCAGUUGAUACUGGACGAUCAAAUUCAAGCCAGAAUUGAUUCACAUAAUAAGGUAAUGCAGGCGAAUACAUUGUAUGAGAAGAAAACUAAACUGAACUACAGUAAGCUCCCGAUCAAACGAAGAUGAGAGUUGAGAACCGAGAGUUUGCAUGAGAGUUUUCUCAACUCGCAUGCCCCGGUCAAACGAGAACAAGAGUUGCAUGAGAGUCGAUGAGAGUUGAGAAUAAGCGAGAGUUUGCAUGAGAGUUGCAUGAGAACAAGAAUUGCAUGAGAGUUGAGAAGCGAGAGUUUACAUGAGAGUUUUCUCAACUCUCAUGCCCCGGUCAAACGAGAACAAGAGUUGCAUGAGAGUCGAUGAGAGAGUUGAGAAGCGAGAGUUUGCAUGAGAGUUUUCUCAACUCUUAUGCCCCGGUCAAACGAGAACAAGAGUUGCAUGAGAGUCGACGAGAGUUGACUGUAUAUUACGGGGUCAAACGAGCAAAACAUGCAACUCUCGUCAAGAUUUGACAGGGAUUCCAACAGCUCAGGCAAGUGAUGAUAAUUACAUUACAGUAUUAUAAUAUGUUAACCAACUUAUUUUAAGUACUAGUUAAAAUAUGAGCAGCAGUGUUUUAUCAGAUAUAAAGUCUGAUAAAACACGCACUGCGAAUGUUUUAAAUUGCUUCAAAAAAUACGUUGUGUAAGUCGAGAAAAUCAAAGUUAAAGUUUAUGCAAAUCAAGGGAAAUCUCUAUCACAUAUAAAGAUACGACACACUUUUGAUUUUUUUUUGUGUUUUUCUCAUGAAUUAUUAAUGAGUUUUUGAAGGUGUGUUACAUACUGUAUGUUUAUAUUUAUUUUCGUUCAUAGUAUAGUUUACAGGUACAAUUACUAACAUCAUGUUAUUACUAACAUCAAAUGUCGUCUGUAUAAAGCCCCCCAUCCCUCCCAUGUAUAAGCCCAUCAAAAAAAUGUUUAGGAACGAAUAUAAGCCCAGGGCUUAUAUUCGAAGGUUUACGGUUACCGCGUCGCCAUAAACUGUAUCAGUAUGUGUGAUUUUUAGAUCCUGUUCGCUCGUGAAGUGGAUCAAAGAAGCACCACUUUUGAAAAAGCCAUCAAAAUGGGAAAGGAAUACGACAAACGUGCGAAGGUCAGAUGACGUUUGGUUUAUAUUCAGGGUGUUGUUAGCCAGAAGGAAAAAAAUUCUUGAAAAAAUUAAUGAAAUCGGGAAAAUGAAGUGGCAUUUUUGUGUGCUACUGUAAUUAAAAACAGACAAAUAUGAAAUAUUUGGAUGUAACCGAAGUUUUUUCUAUACACGUAAAAACGCACCAGUUGUUACAGGUCUGCAAACAAGUUGUUACAAAACUGUUCACAAGCUGUCAACAAGUUGUGUAAUUCGCACUGCUUGUUCCCAAUUGUAACAAGUUUGAAACAGAUUGCUAACAACUUGUCCAGUAACAACCUUGUUGACAUUAUCAGACUUGUUGCAAUGUUGUUUCUAACAAGUCUGAUACAGUCAUGAUACAACAAAAAUGUUACAAGGUUGACGACACAAGGUUGUAACAAUAUUGUUAUAUCAUGACUGUACCGAACUUCUUGGAACAACCUUGCAACAAAUCUGAUAAUAUCAACAAACUUGUUACAAAUUGUUAGCAACUUGUUACAAACUUUUUGCAACAACUGGGAACAAGCAGUGCGAUCACAACUUGUCGACAGCUUGUGAACAGAUUUGUUACAAGAUUUGAGAUUUUUACGUGUGUAGUUCUAAAUUUGAGUAAAUAAUCCUGAAUCUCAUAUUAUUAUAACUGUUCUGGGCCAAUGUGAAAUUUUGUGAAAUUGGAACAAUCUUGUUGUCCUUAUUGUUUAGGCAUUGAUCAUAAGAGCAGCUGUGAUUAGCAAUCAAAUUUACGUCAAGGUAUGUUUUAAGUGGAAGCCAAGAAUUCUAAAGUCAUACAGUACAUGUCACUUUUAACUAAGGUUGACGUGCUGCUCGCAUUGUGUAGAAAUUGCGUAUGGUAAUUGUGCACACGCAAUAAUCUCACAUCUUGUAGGGAGUCUGCCAACAAGCCGUCAACAGGUUGUGUUCGCACUGCUUGUCACAAGUUGUCAACAAGUUGUUAACAGUUGUAACAAUUAAGCUUGUUGAUAUUAUCAUACUUGUUGCAAGGUUGUUCCAACAAGUCCGAUACAGUCAUGACGAAACAAUAUUGUUACAACCUUGUGUCGUCAACCUUGUAACAAGUCUGAUAAUGCCAUCAAGCUUGUUACAAGUUGUUAACAGCUUGUUCCAAACUUGUUACAACAACUGGGAACAAGCAGUGCGAACGCAACUUGUCAACUUGUGAACAGAUUUGGAACAACUUUUCAAAAAUUUUACGAUUGCGAUUUGUUGUACCGUUUAUCGGAUUUGCAAAAAUUGUCUAAAAUAUUUUUCUUGUUGUUCUUUAGAGCCCACCACGUGACACAAACGCAGUAGAUUCUGGAUCUUCAAGAUAGUGGUCACGUGAGUAAAACGAAUCAUGCAAACAAAUAAUGUUUAAUAUUUAGGAACAAUAUAUACAGUAUAGCUUACAGUUGAGUACAACUCUGGUGAAAAACUAAAGACGGAUGAUCGGAUUGUGUAACUCGCUUGCAUCCGGAGGUCGUCUUGACGGAUUUACACUGUAUAUAGUAUUAAUAGAGAAAUUUGGCUAACGAUCUUUAGAUCGUUGCUAGCCCGCGUGCAGGCCCAAGGGAACUGAUAGUGGGCCUGCAAGCAAGGCCCGGUAUUUUGUAAAACGCCCCUUUUCAUAACACGCCCCAUUCGCGCGUCAAUUGUCAAAAAAGAACCAAUGACAGCACCCAAAUAUUAACAAACAAACUCGCAUUAAAAUGUUGCGGGGUUUUCUCUGCUUAUUCAGAACAUAAACAAUGUGUAAAUGUGCGUUUUAACUCCAAAAAAGCAAGCAACGCAGUCAGUAAUUGCCAAAUUUGCAAGUGCUCAUUUUCAACUAAAAUCGGAACAGGCAAAUUAGGACGAAUUUCAACAGAAAACCAGUCUCAAACUUCAAAUCGUGAGGGAAGUCGUGCGACUACAUUAGCAUUUAUAAUGUGUGCUUCGCUGUCGCCAUUGUUAUAAAUAAAUUGUCUCACUUCAGAUCAGAUCGUGUGUGCAAUUCUUGUUGGCGGCGGAAAGUACGAAAUUUAUUUCAGUUAUUUUAUUUGGAAAAGAACUCUACAAAAGAAGAGAGCGUUCAGAGUCCAGAUCGUUUCAAACGGCAAUUUAAUACCGUCUUCUGUUUCGCUCUCUCAGCGAAGCCUUGUAAAUCCAAAGUGUUUCGAAUAGGCUUACAUGCAACUGCUUCUAAAUCUUCACCGCGAAAAGCACUGUUUUCUUCAGUGCAAGAACAGAGUCAACAUCAACCAAAUGAUAAUUUUCUUGAGGAACAUAUAACGUAUCAAGUCUGUUUGAAAUUAAUGAAACUCGAGUAAAGGUUACUAUAGUUUACCCGAGUCGUAAUGUUGCUAUUCCAACACCUCGCGACAAGCAAUCCCCAUUGGCAAUAACGCCAAAAACAUCUCUUCCUUCAAGUAAACAAUAAACAGUCUGUUCUUGUCCCAUUUAUAAUCGAAAAAAGCGAUCAAUUUUCGAAUUUUAAACUUAUCGAGAGCCUUUGUGAUGAACCACUGAUCUAAUUAUAGAAUCCAAUAGCAAACAGCCAAUCAGAAUGCCGCGUUCGUGGGCGAACGCGGAAAGUACAAAAUACCGGGCCUUGCUUGCAGGCCCACUAUCAGUUCCCUUGGGCCUGCACGCGGGCUAGAUCGUUGCUACCCCGCAUGCCUAUAGUUAUUGUUGUUCUACACACGUAAAAACGCACAAGUUGUUACAGGUCUGCAAACAAGUUGUUCCAAAUCUGUUCACAAGCUGUCAACAAGUUGUGUUCGCACUGCUUGUUCCCAGUUGUUGUAUCAAGUCUGGAACAAGCUGUUAACAGCUUGUAACAAGCUUGAUGGCAUUAUCAGACUUGUUGCAAGGUUGUUCUAACAAGCUUGAUACAGUCAUGAUAUAACAAGUAUGUUACAAGGUUGUUCUAACAAGUUUGAUACAGUCAUGAUAUAACAAGAAUGUUACAGGGUUGGCGAUAUUGUCAUACAUUAUCUAUCGGACUUGUUGUAACAAGUCUGAUAAUAUCAACAAGGUUGUUACAAGUUGUUAACAGCCCGUUCCAAGCUUGUUGGCAGACUUGCUACAAGAUGUGAGAUUUUUACGCGUGUAGAACAAUGUCAAUGAUAAUUAGGCAUUAUCUAAAGUUGUGAAUCUGGUAUAAAAAACGUUAGUCAAAUGUGUUUGUGUGACGUUAAAUGAAGUAUCCGGGAAAUAUCACAGACAUGAUUUGUUUGAACAGACUUUUCUAUUUUGACUAUAUGUAAAAAAUGAAGCGAUGAGAUGAACGAACAGUUAAAUAUUUUGUUAUGCAUAUUUGAAAUCUUUGGAUUGACGCAACUACCUGAAAAGUACAAGGAGAAUUUCGACGUGUCGAGCGAAGGCCCUUGAAACGACCUUUUUGGGAAAGGUGUACUGUAUAAAACAAAACAAAACAAAAGUUAUUCCGAAUAAGGAGUGCAUAAUAUUAACACACAAUUUGUAAAAACUGUAUAUUUCGAAUCUAAAUCUGAUUGAUCUUCAACAGUGUUUUGCAAGAUCUUGCAAAACACUGCUGAAGAUGAAUCAGAUUUAGAUUCGAAAUAUACAACAGUUUUAAUAAAUUGUGUGUUAAUAUUAUGCACUCCUUAUUCGGAAUAACUUUUGUGUACUGUAUGUUACGUAAGAAACGCUUAAAACUAAUGAAUAUACUUUUCCACUUGGGCAUGACUAUAUUCAAUUUUUAAAAUUUUCGUUACGUUCGCAAGCGGCAAACAAACUUAAAAAGUAUGUUUAGUGCUUUAUCUGCAAAUCAUGGCUAAAAUGAAGAGAUUUUAGAUGGUGCAUCAAAGAGAAAACGAUGUCUGAAGUUCAGUAAGUUUUGCUUAUUUUGCUGUAUAAAUAUGGCGUCAAUUUUACAGCAUCAAUGAUAAUUGUAUUUUAUAAUUGACAAUAUUUAACUAGUAUUUUGUGUUUCUCAGCCGCCAGUUACGUUUAAAAAGAUUGCUAACUG